CCGGAGAUGUCGUUUACUAGCAAAGGGAAAAAGGCGAACCCAGACAGCAUAUCUAAUGACACCAGCGCUCGCUCUGUGUUCUCCCCGUUUGAGUCGAAGCAACCGUUCCCCCCUCUCUCAGCAGAUGAUCUUGCAAUCACUUCUCAAGAUGCGCCAGACACCAGCUUAACAGAAGAUGAUCCAGACAUAACAUCGCCGGACGUCGAGGAAGAAGACUACGACGUGAACUUCCAAUCGCAGUACUCGCUGGACGAUCAAUCAUUCACCGAUGCGUCUACAGAUGACUCGGACGGACAAUCACCAGAAGAUGAUGGCAUCGAGAUCCAUCCAUUUCGCCAAUCUUCAAGCUCGCUUCACGGGCCCAAUGCAUUCGCUCCCCCUUUCUACAAUCGGCCCCCAACGCCUCUACCUCCAUCACCUUCGCUGACCUCUCUCCUUCGACCCCCCUUUUCAACCACCACCUCCCGACCAACCACCCCUGACAGUUCCGAUGUUGAAACACCCAACGAUACGGAAGCAGCCGUUGCGAAGUCGGCGCGUCGGGCAACAACCGUUCCUCGGGCCAGUCCGAAGGUACCGACAUACGAAUACUACGGUUUCGUUCUAUAUCUCGCCUCUUCAUUAGCUUUCUUAAUAUACAUCCUCUGGUCCUAUCUGCCGUCCCCAUUUCUACACCAGCUUGGUAUUACCUACUACCCCGAUCGUUGGUGGUCACUGGCGAUACCAGCGUGGCUAGUUAUGACCAUCGUCUACAUCUACAUUGCGCUCGCCUCGUAUAAUACCGGAUACAUGACGCUACCGAUGAACAGCGUUGAGAAUAUCGUGGAUGAGGUAGCGAAUGUCGCAGUGAUAGAUGGCAAGGGCCGGAGACGACCUGGCGGUGCUGUCAAGAUGAAACCCGGUGCAACAUCAUGCCAAAUCAUGGGCCCGCAAAAUAAAAAGGUUAACUGGAGGGAAAUUUGGAGUGAGGGCACCGAUGCUGUCUUGGAUGUUCCUGUGGGAGGUGUGUGCGAGGUGCUAUACGGCCAAGGACGGGAUGAUGGCGAAGUAUGCGAAGAAAUUGACUUCUCUGGGUCUCGUAGAUGUUCAUAGCGAUCUAGCAUAGCGGAUAAAUUUUGAUACCCGUCAUGGCUUGCAUAAGUGAAA